AUGACAACUGCCACGGAGGAUCCCCUGGAAUCCUUCUAUUUCCGGCACGAGGAACAGAUUAUCUGCGGCCAGGCUGUUAGCCCCAUAACCGAUGGGUUCGACGUGAAGUACCCAAGCGUUGUGGACCGCUUCUUCACCAGAUACUAUUACUUCAAAGGAGAUGUACCCUACCAGGUGCUCUAUCACUCCAAUCGCAUUUGCCUCGUUUGCUUGGCUGCCGGACAUCCUGCUCUGGCUCAGGGCGUGGCUUCCGUCAGCUUUGAUGUCGGCAAUGUGGAUCGCAGCCAAAAUGUGGUCAAGGGCAAGGCCAAAAAAGGCGGAAUGAUCCUCCAGGCGGAGUCCACUUUGGCCUUAAUAAGCACGGAAAAAGGAGAAACCUUCAAGGUUCCCAGCUGCAUUCGGGGCAAACUGGUCGAGGUGAACACGGCAUUGGUGGAGGAACCAAAGCUCCUGGAACAACUGCCCGAGGGAGCUGCCUACUUUGCCAUCCUUCUACCCAAAAUCGAGAACUGCGAUUCCAUCAAGGCCAGCCUGCUGACCCAAGAGCAGUACGAGCAGCGUUUGGAAGCGAAGAAAGUGGAGCUGAACACGUGACUUUACUAAAGAAAUUGUACAAUAAAGCCUCAUUUGUUUAAACUA